GGAAAGGUAUUUAAACAACAAAAAAAUGUAAUCAUCGUACAAUUGGUGAUAUUAACACAUAGGACUCCUCUUCCUUACACCAUGAGGAUGUUCAUCGUAUUACUCGGGUGUUUUUUGACUGCUGUAAACGGCCAACAACAACAAGCCGAACCUUUAUAUCCACAAUACCAAGGACCGGAGUUGGCAUUAGUGAAUGGGGGUAGUCCUAUGUUAGAGAUGCUCGGAGGUCAAGGAGGUGCAGGAGGCGGUGGCGGGGGAGGCAACGCAGGAAAUUUACCUCUCUAUGAACCAUAUCUACCAGUAGGAUCACAAGGAGGAGGACCAGGAGGUCCGAUACAGGAAAUAUAUCUCCCUGGAGGCGGACAAGGUGGUCAAGGUGGUCCACAAUUUGAAAUUAUAACCGGAUUAGGUCCAGGAGGAGGUCAUGGUGGCAAUCCAGGAGCUGGUCAAGGCGGUAAUCCAGGAUCAGGUCAAGGCGGCAAUCAAGGAGGCGGAGGCGGAGGCGGAAGCGGAGGCGGAGGCGGAGGACAAGGGAUGUCACCAUAUCCAGACCCAAUGAAUGGUCCAGGUGGCCAAGGAGGUAUGGGAGGAUCCUCUCCACUUGAUCCUGGCCAGUUCGGAAACCUCCCUGUUGACAUACAACAAUUAUUUGCAGGAGGUGGUGCUGGAAAUGGAGGUGGAGGAAAUUCUCCUAUUGACAUAUCUCAAUUGUUUCCUGGAAAUGGAGGACAAGGUAAACAGCAAGCUUACCUUAUCAUCCCCAUGGAUAAAAAUGCAGCACUAGGACAAGGUGCUGGGCAACAACCGACUGGACUCGAAGCUCUGUUAGAUCCACGUGGACAGUCUUCACCGGCUGGUCAAAGUCCAGGUCAAUCAGGAUGCCAAGGACAAGGUUGUGUCGAUCCGUUACUGGAUCCAUCAAUGGGACAGGGUCAACCCGGACAGGGUCAACCUCCAGGAGGUUGUCAAGGGCAACAUUGCGCUUCCGAUCCAUUAGCCGGGCCUUUAUCACUUGAUCCUUUGGCCGGAUCUUUAUCACCUGAUCCAAAUGGUCAAUUUGUUGAUAUAAUUGAUACAAUUCCGCUCCCAGCUGAUAAUGCUCCAUUGUCACAAGAUCCACCAAAUAAAAAAUCUUAUAGUAAAUCAUAUGAUAAAAAAACAUAUGGAAAAUCUUAUGAGAAACCAAAAUCGUAUGGAAAAUCUUACGAGAAACCAAAAACUUACGGAAAAUCAUACGAAAAACCAAAAACGUAUGCUAAUACUUAUGCCAAACCAAAAUUGUAUGGGAUGAAAUAUGAUAAACCACGAACGUAUGUAAAAUCGUACCAAAAACAAAACACUUAUGCAAAGACAUACGCUCGGCCGAGAAAAUCAUAUGGGAAACCAAGUUACGCAAAGAAAUCAUAUGGGCCAGUUAAGUACGGAAAGUCCUAUGGCAAACCAAUAACAUAUGGAUUGUCUUAUGGAGCACCUAAACCAUAUGGAAAACCACGUACUUACCGUGUAACAUAUGCUAAACCACGAAGCUAUUCUAAACAAUCAUAUGCUCAACCUAAAACAUAUGGAAAUACUUAUAACAAAAAACCUAGGUAUGGAAACAAAUACGGAUAUGCCAAACCAAAGUACGGAAAAAGUUACAAAAAACGAAAGGGUGGGUAUUAAAAUGACCAAGUGAAUACAGAUAAAUGCAGACAAUGUGCUUGGUUCCAAUUCAUGACAGUUUUUGUAUAAUCAUUUUUAUAUUGUACCUCACUUUUGUUAAUACAAUUUUGAAUGUUAUAUGUACUUUAUGUUUGAACGUGUGUAAAUGAUAGGUUAUAUCGAUUUUUACAACAAAAUAAAUGAAAUUCUUUUGAUCUCACCGAUAUAGUUUCCUAGCUAAAAAAAAAAACGACCUCCAAGGUAUAUUAAAAAAACGUGGAAAGUCCAUAAAAUCUUACAAAAUCAAAUGUUGGACUAUAUCAAACAACGGAACAAAUGGAAAACAAAUGUCAUAUUCUAUGACUUGGUACAAGCAAGGACACAACUGUUGCUCUUCGCAUUAUUGUUCGUGAACAAUAAAAUGUGCGAAGGACCUAUUUGAAAAAUAAUUCCCUAUAAUUUACAAAUAUCAAUGAAAAGCAAAUAUGAACAGAUGAAAAAUGAAAUUUUAAUUUUUGCUCUUUUGAAAUCGAGUCCGAAGAAGAACAAAAUAUACUUGGCAUAGAUUCAAAUGUUAUAUUUACACACGAAUAAGGAAAAUUGUUAGACUAAUGUCAAUAAUACAUCAACCGAAAACACAAUACAGGCAGAGUCACUUUCUCCUGUAUAGUUUUUGACUCUAAUCUUAAUUGACUAGGAUUGUCAGUUUUCCUGCCAGAGGUAGGUGAUUCUUUCCGUACCCUCUGACGUCCUCCACCAAAAAAACAACAGAUCGCCACUAUAGCCAAUAGUGUUGAAAGUGAGGUUGACACAAACAAUUUAUCAAUCAAUCAAUAGAAAAAAUCCAUAUUGGUUUAAGAUUCUCAAAGUACAUACCUACAAAAUGCAAAGGAAAAGGUCAUAUAGAGUCACUUUUUUUUUGGCCCCUGAAAAUAAAAAUAAAAAAAAAGUAUUAUAAAUCUACCAAAUGAUAUCAUUCAAAUGUUCAUAAGAUUGGCGUAUGUCAGAUAUCAGUACUUUUACUUUCAAUAUGUACAUUAAGGCUUCAAACUCGAAUUUUAUUGAACAACUGCGUAACCUGUCGAAAUAGCCUCAUUUUGAGAUCUUGUCAUAGAUAUUUAGAUAUGCUCAACAGCUUUACCCAAAAAGAUAAUUUGCUUCAGGAUGUACUUUACGAAGAUAUUAAUGUGCGUAAAAUGUAUUAUUUGGUUAGGGCUGUUGCUGAUGUCUAUUUUGCCCAAAAUUAUGUGUUUAAUGACCAUUAGGUCAAAUAUGUCAAUUUCAAUAUGUGUAUGACGUCACAGUGACAUCACACGUAACCUUUCAUGCACUAAAAUUUGUUCAUUUAUCAAUAUAAUAAAUACAAUUUUUAAAGGUUUUA